AGAGAAACACAGAGGAGACAGGGUGUUCAUGUCAAUGCUUGGAGCUAUACACAGUAAAGUGGAAUAAGACGAAGGAAGAGUGACAGAGAGAGGAAGAGCGACGGGAGGAGAGCAGAAGAGGGAGGGUUUAGUGAUAAAGAAGCGUCCCUCUCUUCUCCCACAUCUCUCAGUCUGUGCGCACUGGAGCACAGCAGGAGCUCCGGAGCGCAUCACCGACAUGUACACCUGUAAAGCCCGGUCCAUUCAUCCAGGGAUGCUGCGUACAUGUAGACUAUAUGAAUGGCAGCGACACCGUUAAACGGCAGCAAAAAGAGUGAUUUCCAUCUGUCUUGAUGAAAUCAUUUUGAGCUCGGAGGCAGAGGAGAAGGCGACAUGCGGAGAAGAAGUGGAUGCUGAGCUGCUCCAGUCUACUAUUAAGGGGCUGGCACUGAGGACGCGACCCUACCCGAGGAUUGGAUAGCACCCACUGGAUGCUGUGGACGAAAUCCGCUGGUUGUCACCCGGACUCUGGUGCUCAUAUGUGCACCAAAUACACCCUCCUUCCUUGGGAAGAGAACUUGAUGGAUCCCUCUGUUCAUCACAGCUGACACAUCAAGGCCCAGCGCCAUGAUCAGCACCUUAAUCAUUAACACAGCACAACGGGAUUAGACUUCUGUGGCACAAGUGGAUCAUCACUCAUUUCUGGAUAAUCAACUGAACCGAACCACUGAAACACUCAGUCUCCUCUUCUACAGGCCUCUUCAUACAGAGCCUACAGUAUCAGUCCUCCAACUGAUCAUGUGUGUUGGCUAUAAACAUAGCCUUGCAGGUAGUGACAUGACUCGGGUCUGAACCUGGAGAUGCCGAAGAGACGAGACAUCGUCGCCAUUGUGUUGAUCGUGUUGCCGUGGACACUGCUCAUCACUGUUUGGCACCAGAACGCCAUCACUCCUCUGCUUGCUACUCGAAAGGAUGACAGACGUGAUGGUCGCUCCAACUCCAGGAAUACUUUUGCCGUCAAGGAGUCCUGCUCACUUCAGAACCGGGACAUCGUGGAGGUGGUGCGCACUGAGUACGUCUACAGCCGGCCUCCGCCCUGGUCUGACAUCCUGGCCACCAUCCACGUCAUCACCCCCACCUACAGCCGGCCGGUGCAGAAGGCAGAGCUGACGCGUCUGGCCAACACCUUGCUGCACGUGCCCAACCUGCACUGGAUCCUGGUGGAGGACUCCCAGAGGAGGACCACUCUGGUCAGCCGCCUCCUCCAGGAGACGGGACUCAACUACACCCACCUCAACGUGGAAACACCUAGGAACUAUAAGGUACGCGGGGACACUAGGGACCCCCGAAUACCUCGGGGUACCAUACAGAGGAACCUGGCCCUGCGGUGGCUCCGAGAGACCUUUGGCGUAAACAGCAGCCAGCCUGGGAUUGUCUACUUUGCAGACGAUGACAACACAUACAGUCUGGAGCUGUUUGAGGAGAUGCGUUCCACCAAAAAGGUGUCAGUGUGGCCCGUGGCCUUCGUGGGCGGCCUACGAUAUGAGUCCCCUAAAGUAAACACCUUGGGCAAGGUGUAUGGCUGGAAGACUGUAUUCGACCCACACCGGCCCUUUGCCAUCGACAUGGCUGGGUUUGCGGUGAACAUGCACCUCAUUCUGUCCAAACCUCAGGCUUAUUUCAAGUUACGUGGGGUGAAGGGAGGUUAUCAGGAGAGCAGUUUGUUAAAGGAGCUGGUCACUCUCAGCGAUUUGGAGCCUAAAGCUGCUAACUGCACUAAGGUAUUAGUAUGGCACACACGGACAGAGAAGCCUGUGCUGGUAAAUGAGGGCAAGAAGGGAUUUACAGACUCUAAUGUGGAGAUAUGACAUACUUCAUCUGACACAGGGACAUUUCUCCAUUGGAUUCUACCUGGAUUCAAACCAACCUCGGAGCUCUUUUAAGCAAUAGCCAGGGUCAAACAUAUCGUCACAGCACAGUACAGUACAACUGUAAUUCACCACCGCUUAGAAACGGAGGCAGACCUGUUGGCCCCAGGAGGCAGCACAAGCCAUGUGCUUGAACAUACCACACAGUAUCAAAGCACAACUGCACAAGACCGAGCCGGCCCAUGCUGCUCAGAGCACUGGCUGAUGCGAGACAUUGGUAGGAGUUGCCAAAAGGAGCUCGCCCACUGAGGUUUCCUCUGAGAGCUGAGACAAAGCGUGUUUCGUGAUUUUAAACUGCAGGAAGAGAUGGCACGGCAAGCAAUAAAGAGCCCUCUGAGCGCAGACAACACCAGCCAACCAUCCAAUCAGCAUGAAAUAGGGCCCUUUUGUUCUGGAGCGAGCUGGCUGUCGGGCACAGGGCUGCACAGAGGAAUAAAAGGGGCCCUUGUUUUAAGUGAGUCAGCACUGACUGACAGACUGCACUGAGGGGAUCUGAGCCCUCCCCGCUUGUACUGUACAACACUGAGCUAUUUAGAUAGCACCCCGAACCCAGCACUAAUUAGGAGUCCUGUUACUCCUCUACACACAUUCACACAUGCUCAGCUGCACAUGAUGAGCACAUGCACUGAAAAAACACGGAGCAAUGAUUUAUUACAGUAUAACAGCAAAGUCCUCUCUUACAGUCAUUUACUCCAAGCUCUUGUUUAUUCCUGAUAUGCUGUAACACUACUGAGGUCUUCACAGACGUCGUCAUAAGCUAAUUAAGGUCCCACUGAGUGAACUGAGUGUUCCUCAGCAGAAUUAUUUAUUGUUUCAGAGUAACUGGUACCAUGCACUUGUUAGUCCUGAGCUAUGCAUGUGCGAGUCAAUGGGAUAUGAAGCCAUUACUCUAAAAAUUGGAUGUGCAUCCUUUCAAAUAGCUGUAUUACACAAUCUAAUUAUUCCCACCAUGGUUGGCUGGCUUGCAAGUGAUGAUUUCAUACCCCAUUGACUUGCAGAGGCACCGCUUACAAAUGCUAAUGAUCUCAGACUGUGUGACUGUUAGGAAUUUGGUCAGUUAUCAAUGUGUCAGGCAUCCGAAACCCUGAACUUUGGCUUGAAGAUAAGGGUCUGAUGUUGCUACAAUGCUGCUUGUUGUUCAUUUGAAAGCUGUUCACAUCACUACUGCCUCAGC